GCCGCCGCCAAAGCCUGGAGAAGUGGAAUCUCGCCGCCGUUGCUCCCUCCGCGGGCCUCGGGGAGCCGCACUGGGCAUGCUCAGUCGCCGGAGCCUGUGCUGCUCUAAGUAGGAAGCUCGCGUGCUGCAGCCCGCAGCUGAUCCCGGCGCUCAGCGGACUGCGAGACCAAGGAGCCGGGUCCGGAGGCGAUCGAAAGCCGCGCAGCGCUGGGUUCUGUAAUCCCUCAAAGGAAGGAUUUGAUGGUGACAUCCCUUUUAGGGGUUGCAGUAUCUGUGGGGGAGCUGCUGUGCUCUCUGGCCAAGCAUGCUGUGGUUGGAUCUGCCCAGCCCUGGAAUAGAAACCUUUGCCGGAUGGAAAAUCCAUAAAAGAAAGCUCUUGUGAGAAGCUGAUUCCGACGCUGACUUAAGUGCGCCCAGCUCUCACUGUUUCCUGAGUCCUUGGGAGUUCCUGAGUCCACUGCUAAUACUUGGACUGUCGCUAUGGGCAGAAGGUACCCAGAGGCUCACGGGUGUCCAGGCAGCUCAUAUUGCAAAUUAUAACCUGUUUCCUGCACCAUUGCUGGCGCCCAGCGAUCCAUGUCAGAAGUACUUCCAGCUGACUCAGGUGUUGGCACCUUGGCAGUGUUUAUGGCCAGCAGCGGAACCACAGACAUUGCAAAUCGGAACAGCCCAGCCACACCACCGAACACCCUCAAUCUCCGUUCCUCCCACAAUGAACUAUUAAAUGCAGAGAUCAAACACUCAGAUGCCAAGAACAGCACACCCCCCAAAUGCAGGAAAAAAUAUGCACUGACUAAUAUUCAGGCGGCCAUGGGCCUCUCGGAUCCAGCUGUACAGCCUCUGCUGGGAAACGGCUCCGCCAACAUCAAGCUGGUUAAAAAUGGGGAGAACCAGCUCCGCAAGGCUGCAGAACAGGGGCAACAGGACCCCAACAAGAACCUCAGCCCUGCAGCAGUCAUCAACUUAACCUCUGAGAAGCUGGAGGUUAAAGAUCUCCACCCACAGGAGUCCUCAGGCUGUGAGAUUUUGCCCUCCCAGCCCAGGAGAACUAAGAGCUUCCUCAAUUACUAUGCAGACCUGGAAACCUCGGCUAGAGAGCUGGGGCAGAACCUGGGCUCCUGCCAAGGGGUUGGAGAGGAGAAAGCCCAGCCAGCCCCAGGCCAAGCCCCAGUAGUCAUUGGGAAUGGGGACUUGCUGCCACAGAAACCAAACAAACCCCAGUCCAGCCCUGAGGAUGGCCAAGUAGCUACAGUAUCGUCCAGCCCAGAGACCAAGAAAGACCACCCUAAAACAGGAGCCAAAACUGACUGUGCUCUCCAUCGGAUCCAGAACCUGGCACCAAGCGACGAGGAAUCCAGCUGGACGACGUUGUCCCAAGACAGUGCCUCCCCCAGCUCCCCAGAUGAAACAGCAGAUAUCUGGAGUGAUCACUCAUUUCAGACAGAUCCGGAUUUGCCGCCUGGCUGGAAAAGAGUCAAUGACAUUGCUGGGACCUAUUACUGGCACAUCCCAACAGGGACGACUCAGUGGGAACGGCCUGUCUCCAUCCCAGCGGAUCUCCACGGUUCUAGGAAAGGGUCACUUAGCUCUGUAACGCCAUCUCCCACCCCAGAGAAUGAGAAACAGCCAUGGAGUGAUUUUGCUGUUCUGAAUGGGGGAAAGAUUAAUAGUGACAUUUGGAAGGAUUUGCACGCAGCCACAGUUAACCCAGACCCCAGUUUAAAAGAGUUUGAAGGAGCAACGCUACGCUAUGCAUCCUUGAAACUCAGAAACGCCCCUCAUGCUGAUGACGAUGACUCUUGUAGUAUCAACAGUGACCCAGAAGCCAAGUGUUUCGCUGUGCGUUCUCUGGGAUGGGUAGAGAUGGCAGAGGAGGACCUGGCCCCCGGGAAGAGCAGCGUUGCAGUCAACAACUGCAUCCGGCAGCUUUCCUACUGCAAAAACGACAUCCGGGACACGGUCGGCAUCUGGGGAGAGGGCAAAGACAUGUACCUGAUUCUGGAAAACGACAUUCUCAGCCUGGUGGACCCCAUGGACCGAUCCGUGUUACACUCGCAGCCCAUCGUGAGCAUCCGAGUGUGGGGUGUGGGCCGAGACAACGGCCGAGAGAGGGACUUUGCUUAUGUGGCGAGAGACAAAGACACAAGGAUUCUGAAAUGCCAUGUGUUUCGAUGUGACACACCAGCAAAAGCCAUUGCUACAAGUCUCCACGAAAUCUGUUCCAAGAUUAUGGCUGAACGGAAGAAUGCCAAAGCCCUGGCCUGCAGCUCCUUACAGGAGAGGACCAAUAUGAGUCUUGAUGUCCCUUUGCAAGUAGAUUUUCCAACACCAAAGACUGAGCUGGUGCAGAGGUUCCACGUGCAGUACCUGGGCAUGUUACCUGUGGACAGACCUGUAGGCAUGGAUACCCUGAACAGUGCCAUAGAAAAUCUUAUGACGUCAUCCAGCAAGGAGGACUGGCCUUCGGUGAACAUGAAUGUGGCAGAUGCCACUGUGACAGUCAUCAGUGAAAAGAGUGAAGAGGAGGUCUUGGUGGAGUGUCGAGUGAGGUUUCUGUCCUUCAUGGGCGUCGGGAAGGACAUCCAUACAUUUGCCUUCAUCAUGGACACGGGGAACCAGCGCUUUGAGUGCCAUGUGUUCUGGUGUGAGCCUAAUGCAGCCAAUGUGUCGGAAGCUGUCCAGGCCGCCUGCAUGUUGCGAUAUCAGAAGUGCUUGGUAGCCAGGCCACCUUCGCAGAAAGUCCGACCCCCGCCCCCGCCAGCGGAUUCAGUGACCCGAAGAGUCACGACCAAUGUGAAACGAGGGGUCUUAUCUCUCAUUGACACUUUGAAACAGAAGCGGCCUGUCACAGAGACGCCCUAGCAGCCUGGGACUAGAGGAGUCUGUCAUUAUUACCUGAGGAUCAAAUAGCUACACUAAAGAAGCCGACACCUGGCCUUCCACUCAGUUGCUGAUGCUUUGUCUCCAGAGAAUUUAUCUUUAACCAGACAGUGUUAGACAAGCAUGUGACCUCGUCUUGCCGCCACCAAGUGAUAUGAAAAGAAGCAUGAUUUUUUUUUUAACCUGUAAGUUACAUCCUGAGCAGUGGAAGGUCGUCUUCUUGUUGUAAAUAUUGUGAACAGGACUUCUCAAGCACACACAGAAGGAUGCGGCCACGCCCUCCCUAGACAACAAACACUGCGUCCUUGGAUGAACGGUGUCCAAGUUCGUUUUGCUCUCCUCUUGACUGGAUCUUUCACAAGCCACCUUGGGGUCCCUCGGCACUUUGCUCUGAUUUUGGAUCCUGAGUAGCAGAUACCAUUGAAUUGCUAUAAAAAUGGGAGGACACAUCUGGGUUUUAGUUUUUCAUUAAGAUGAGCUUGUUGGCUGACAAAACUUGGCUGUUGGCAUCGGUACAAACACCAGCCAACCAUUUUCUUCUGAGAGCUCUCUGAUACGUGGACACUGGUUCACAUCUACAGCUGUUUGGGGUGCUGGGCGAAGGAAAACUUUAAAAUUAAUAGAAAACUACAUUUGAGGAAUUAAAAUCAAGCAAAAAAAAAAAAAGCCUUUCUUUUUCAGAUGGUUUUCAGACUGGUUAUUUAAAAAAAAAAAAAAAAAAAAGAUGAAAAUAGUCAUGAUGCAUUUGGGAUGGAACGUAUUUCAAACUUCUGCCUUACAUUGUACAGUGCAGCCAGAGAACUAAAGUGUACUAUGGCCAUCCUCUACCCACACCUGAAAAAUAAAAUAUUCCUGCAGUUUCCAUCCUUAGUUUGAUAUCAAGCUAAUAUGCAAUUUAGAGUCGAGGAAAUGUCAUUUAUACCUGUCACACACUAUUAUUUUUGAUCUCCACCAUGGUUCUUGUUAGUUCUCAUCCCAGAGGUAAACGUAUCCCUGGGAUUCCCUUGCUGCCCCAGCCUUUCUCUCCGCUCUUUGUCCAGGAAGCUGUCUAUCCAUCAUCUGUUGUCCAUGGCAACAAAUCUUAAGUUGUAAUUUUCCUGAAUUUACGUGUUUAAUGUUAGAAAUGUGUUAAGACUUGACUAGAUGUUUUUAAACUUCUGUUUUCCCAUUUUACUUUCAAGAUUUAAUUUUUUUUUCCUAUCAGAGCAAAUUAUGCUUGGAAAUAAUGGAUUUCCUGACAGCGUCUCCUGCAAACCGCUUUCCUGCUCCUUUUUUGUGUCUCUGAGGAACCCAACCAUAAAGAUAGACAAAGGUAGACUCCUGUUGACAUUGCUAUUUUAAAAGUUCCAUCUUAUUAGUGUUGUUUAUGUUUAAUGUCAAAAGUAAUAUCCAGUUAUAAAAUAGUGCUUUUUUUUUUUUUUUUUUUUUUUUACCUUGCUCUGUACCUGUCAGAAUGGUCUGCACAGUUUGAUCACAUUUGAGCCUUACAUGGUAGGAAAGGCACCAAACUCACUGAAGAAAUCAGAAUACAGAGCACCAAAAGCUAAGGAAGUGGCUUAGGAUGUCACCAAAGUCUAUGCGAGCCAGGCUCACGACCCACAUCUCGAAACUUUUACCACAUUAUGCUUCCUCCCGUGCAAUCAGGAGGAUCCUUCACAAAUGACCCUGGGAUCACCCAGUGAACAGAAAGACGUUCAGGCAAUCUCAGAAUUCCCCCAGUGAGUUAAGGAAACUGUCCACUUUAUUUCCCCAGUGGCACUUACUGUAAGACCACUGUCCUUUCUUGGUCCAGGACUGUGUUCCUCAAAUGUGUCAUAGAGGAAGAAUGUUUGUCCUCAGCAGCCUGGUCUCAGACUUUCCGGAGAUUAUGUUACCUGUGGUAAGAACACUAUUCCCCCUGGCUGUGGGCGCUUACCACCUCAUGAUGGAGUGACAGUGAGUGGGAUGCGGAGAAGCUGGAAUUGUUUGCUGGCAUCCUAACAUUACAGUAAAAGUGAUGUCACUUGAGAGAGGGUGUUGCCCUUGGUGCCGGCUUGCACACUAGCUGAAGUAACAGGUGCCAUUUGAGACAUUUCUGCAUACCGAAAACCUUACUGUGCCCAGAGAAAAUGUGUUUAGCAUCCCGUUAUUGUGGUCUCUAAUUUUGAUCUCCGCAGCGGAAUGUUUCGGGGCACUUGGCUUCAAAACUCUAAAGAAACCCACAUUUCUAUAGGCAGUCUCUACCCAAACCCUUUAAGUUUUUUAAGGCAUAUGUUUGUUUGUUUUCAGGAUCAAGAAGACUGAGCUAGCUUUAAGUAGCAAACUGAUUUAUAUAUGCAAUUUUAGGAUGCAGUAAGAUGAACGAUAGCCUCUUAUGUGUGAAAUGCUUUUACUGCACGUUCUUUUCUGAGAAUAGCUUUGCGUACUAAGUGCAGGUUGAUUUUUUUAAAUGAAUUAUGUUAAUAUGUUCAGACACUUUCUGCCAUGGCCAAAAAGUAUGUAUGAAAGUAUGUUUGUAUUUGUCUGUGAGAGGAUGCCGAUGUUUUACCUGAGGUCUUUGUGAUACUUCGGUUACCUAUGCAUUCUUUAUAUUUGUGAUUCGGUAAACAGGCAGCCAUGUUCACGAUGCCUUGUGUGUCUUAUCAUUUUUUUAAAUUAACCUGUUAAAUACAGCUUGAAAUAUUUUUAUUUUAUUUAUUCUAUUUUUACGGAAAUAUACUGCAUUAUUGUGUUAUUGUAUUAUCUUUACUGGGUAUGAUGUCCAUGUACCCUGGUCUUAAGUAACUCAGUGAACUCUACAAGCACCUAAAAGGUGGUUUUGUGAUGAUUUGCAGUCACAUUUCUGUUGGAAUAUGUAGUAGAGAAGGCAAAAUGCUUAAAGUUCCUUUUAUUUUUUAAAAGCAGAUAGAUAGAUGCACCCUUACCACCUUAUCUGUGUGCCCCUUGGAAGCGUCAAGGGGGUAGCUGACAUGCCGUCUGGUGAAGACCUUUACUUUGUAGACUAGGGCACUGUGAGGUGCUUCAUCUUUAUGUCUUUCAUAGUACAUGUGAUUUCAUCAAAAAUAAUACACACAGAGACACAUGCCCUUUGUUUCCACCUGGACUUAAGGCCACCCAUAGCUAACUAGAGCCACUGUUUUGUUUAUUCGUCUGUCUGUCUUACUGCAUGAAGGGACAUUAGACCCAUUUCCAUUAAAGCAAAUUCUUGGUGAUACAACUGUUGGCACUGCUACGUUUUGUUUUUCGUUUGUUUUUUAAAUCCACAUGAGGUGUUUUAAGAAGGACACAUAACAAGCUACUCAAAACUGAGCCUCUUGUAGCCCCAAACGUCCCCGUCGUGUACGGCACAUCUAUGAUUGCCUGAGCAUUUCAAUACAAGACUUCAAAAACCACGUCUCCCUGACAUCGGCAUAAUUUAAUGAAACCAGAAGCUCUCUAGUUGGCCUGGUUUAACCUAAUAUCUGAUGUGUUUAUAGCCAGUAAGAAAGUAAUUGGACCCGUUUCAGCAUACUGGCAGUGUGGUCCAGGGGGGGCAGCUCUUGCACAAUGUGCAGGGAUCUGAGUUUAGUCCCUGGGGAAGGAUGGGGGAAAGUUGGCACUUCAAAGCUGUGAAGACAUCACCAGGCAGCCACAUCGGCCACUUCCACCUGAAAGGACAUCUUGUUUUUUCGUGUUGCCAUUUGCUAUUGACCAGGUUCGUUCACACCCUUACAUGUAAAAUGUCCUAGGAAUAAAUGUAGCUACAUAAAAUAGCUCUUUGGCUCCUUGAUCCGACAGCCUGGCCACAUAUAUAACAAACACAUUCGAAUUUAGUGUCGCUACAGUAAUUUUAUUUUUUGUAUUAUUCUUACUUCAAAUUAAACUUUU